AUGGAAAGUUUCACAGGAAUUCAUUACGGAGGUGUAAGUCUUCAUUAUGUUGAUUCAAAUUCCGAGUUACGCGUGUUCACAUUAGCUUGUCAAGCUUACGACUAUGAAACACAACAAUCAAAAAAUAUACGUGCGUUUGUUGAGAGAAUAUUGGAUGAAUUUGGCCUAAGUUUGAGCGAUGAUGUUUAUAUUGUUACUGACAAUGAAAAUAAAAUGACAUAUGCAUUUAAGAACAAUGUUCAACGUAUUGGUUGCACCGGUCAUUAUCUCAACAAAAUAUUGGAACAUGGUUUUAAAAAAAGGACAUCAAUUGUGAAGAACUACAAUCAUUAUACAAAUGUUCAAGAUAAAACAAAAACGAAAGAUAGUAAAAAGCUAGUCAAUCCAAUACCAAAGACACAUAUUGACCCAUUGGAUGAAAUAUUUGAUAAACCAGUUGUAAAAGGUAAAUUGGUGAAACCAGCAUCAUCCAAAACAGAAUUAGACUUAUAUUUAUGGGAUGAAACAAAACCUGAAAAAGAAACAAAUAUUUUAAAUUAUUGGAAAUUGAAUCAAACUCAAUAUCCUAUAUUAGCUCAGUUAGCUAAACAAAUACUUUGCAUUCCUGCUACAAAUAUGGCCACUGAACGUUUAUUUUCGUAUACCGGUAACACAAUCACUAAUCGAAACUGA